AUGGGAAAUAUAAUCAAGAAAGAAAGUAGAGACCCAGUUGUAGACAGUGCCAAGUCCCUGGAAGAUGGCCCAUCUGUAGCACUUCACAUGAAACUCUAUGAGGCCAUAAUGAGAGAAGACUGCCCUACGAUCAAGGCACUCCUAAGAAGUCACCCCGUCAACCAGCCCAUGACCAUUCUGGCCAACUCCACCAGUUACAGAUUAUUGCUGAACCAGACACAAUCUAUCAUCCCCAUUCAUCUGGCUGCCGAAUACCGUAAGGCACAAAGUUUGCUUUGUUUGUUAGAACAUGGUGCUGACCCAGAAGUAAGGGACAGGAGAGGCCUCACCACACUCCACUUGAUGCUGCUGCACUGGCCAAUCACUUCUAACACAUGGACAAAACCGGCCAAUAGAAUCCAAAGGAUCCUGACAGACAUUCAGAAUAAUGCUGUGAUGUGUCUCCGCAUCUUGUGUGAACACGGAGCUCAAGUUAAUGCUCGAGUAGGCAACAGCAACAGUCAUUCACCACUCCACCUGGCCAUAACAUACGGGACCUAUCCAGUUCUCUCCAUUUUGGCCCAGAAUGGCGCCCAUGUCAAUGCUGUGAAUGAAUCCAGCAUGACACCCCUUCACAUGGCUGCAGAUAUCCUGAACAGGGAGAUGAUGGAAACGCUCAUUGCCUGUGGAGCAAACGUGAACUGUGCUAUCUCUUCCACGGGGAACACGGCCCUGAAGCUGGCGGUGUGCACUGCAUCAAGCAAAGCAGGCCGGCUGCUGGGAGUGGGGAUGAGCUGCAUCCGUCUGCUGCUAAUGCACGGAGCCAAAGUCAAUGCCCAGGACCACGAAGGUCAAACAGCUAUCCACGAGGCUUGUUUUGGAGGCAGGGGGACAAUAAUCAAUCUCUUGCUCGAAUUUGAAGCAAAUAUUAAUAUUUUAACAAGAAAUGGGGAAUCUCCAAUUUAUAUGUACCUUCAGCGCAGUUCCAAUAUAAGAGAUAGGACACUUCUUGCCAGGCUACUUCAUCACACUUAUCCUUUGAGGCUGACCAAUAAGCAAGGGAUUCUACCUUCAGGAAUCAUGCUACCAGAAUUUCACCUCUUAAGGGAAACCCUAAUAAAGCUAUCUCAAAACCCUUUAUCCCUAGAGGAUAUCUGUAAAAGAAACAUCAGAAAUAUUUAUGGUGAGAAAUACAAACAACUCUUGAAGCAACUUCUCCCAGUGAAGAUAUGGAAUUCUGUAUACUGUUGUUAUGACGCAGCUUACCUCUUGAAAUAAGCUCUUGAAGUUUCACAGUGCCAGAGAAUUUCAGUAACUCAAAUUGCAUUUUCUGACUAGACAUGUACCAGAAAAUACUUAACCCAUCACCUUUUUACAUCCCAAACGUACAAACUCUGGUUCUUAAACCUUUUUCAAAA